AUGGGUUCCACAUAUGAAAUUCUGGGGAGAACAUUUAAGCCACAUCAGUUAGCACUGGGAACUCUCGGUUUUCUUUCCCUGAUAGUGAUGCCAAACCCGUUUGCUGCUAAAAAAGAAAAGGUAGUGGAUAUAAAAGCGGGCUCCAAGGAGGAGGAGCAGUUCAUCAAGGCCUAUUUGGAGAAACAUACUACUUAA